AUGAGUAUACAAUGGAUGCUUGAUUCUCGUGGGCUCUUUACCAGUAUCCCACCUGAUGCUCGGACAAAGUUGCAGAACAACCCUACACUCCUCGUCAGUUGGUGGGCCACAGGCUUCUCGGUAGCCAUCAUCGUUGUUCGAGUAUGCGGUCGCUAUGUUCGAAUCGAGCGUUUCUUCCGUGAAGAUAAGGUGAUGAUGGCCAGUGUUAUCCCGCUGUUGAUCCGUAUGGCAUGUGUGCAUGUCAUCCUGAUCUGGGGUACCAACAAUACGAAAACAGAUGGUUUGACUGCCGAAGAUAUUCGGCACAGAGAAAUCGGCAGCAAACUAGUCCUCGUUGCACGUAUCUUCUACGCUAUCUUCAUCUGGACAGCAAAGUUCACAGUAUGUGAGUUUCUCAAGCGGGUAGCAGGGAAGAUCUGGCGACGGUCCCUCCGGAUAUUUCUUCAGUUCCUAUACUACUUUCUGGCCUCGACGUUGUUCGCAGUGAUAGUCGCUACUCUCGCCGAGUGUCAACCAUUCGACCACUACUGGCAAGUUGUGCCUGAUCCAGGGCCAAGGUGUCGCCUCGGCUAUGGCAAUCUGAUCACGAUGGGGUCUUGUGAUGUGGUAACCGACCUGCUUCUGGUCUCUUUUCCGAUUCCCUUCAUCGUGAUGACUCACAUGCCGCUGAAACGCAAAGUAUCACUUGUGGUCCUGUUCGCUCUGUCCUUGAUUCUGGUCGGCAUCACAUGCUAUCGAGUGCCCUCGGUCAUCUGGAAUGACGGCUCGCAACAAUAUCGAUCGCUCGUGGCAUCACUUGAGAUCCUGGCGGCGACCGCAGUUUCCAAUGCGGUCAUUAUCGGCUCAUUUGUGCGUGACAAGGGCGUCAAGAAAGUCAAAUUCAAGAAGGAUCAAGGGUCGGCCUCUGUUAGUGAAAGCAUGGAUCACAGUUCCGUCCGCCGUCAAACUAUCACGCACCACCAAUGGGGAAGUGACUCAGAUCUGGCUGCUGAUUUGGGUAUCCGCUUGGACCCGGAGCUGUGCUAUGCUGACAAGACCACACCUCGCCCUGCGCCUAUUGCGGUGCCUGUUCAUCCAUUGACAGCCCGCACAGGAACCUUGAACCCCAACUGGUCCUUCAAUCAGCGCCCCGGUGGCAUUGAAGACGACCGGGCGUCCAGCAUAGGCAGUUUAGAUGUCAAAGUCAGUCCGCACGAGUACAUUGAGACCAACAAGACCCCUCGCAAGAAAUCCGCAGAUGCAGUGAUGCCGUCACCUCCCACCAAUCUUCACAUCUUCGAUGUCGGCAGUCUCUUAAGCCGUCAGCCUCCGACCAGCACUGUACAACUCCCACGAUAUGCAGAGCAACCUCGUCAUCCCAGCGGAGGAAGCAGGCCUUCUCUCCAAGAUGUCGGGGAAUUGACAUCCAACCCGGACCCUCCUCGAACAAUAAAUCUCAAUACCUCGCCCACAAUACCCCGCCCAUCUCUAUCAGCAUCCAACGUUCCGCGCUCGGGAGGAUUGCGAACCGGCUCCCAGUCCUCCUCCAGUCGCCGUCGUGGCUCCAGUGUUCACUUCAGCGACCUUCCCGACUCCCCAGUUCCUUCUUAUCGUUCCCAAGCGGACGUGUCGGCACCUAUAAUCGAGGGAAACGAGGUUGAACUGCAGGAUGUGGGUGGGUUGCUGUCAAGACGUUGA